AUGAAGUCACAGCACUCGUACGAACAGGUACACAUUUACGCGAUCUUCUAUCGCUUCAAAGCAAGUCUAACCAAUGAGGCAGAGGAGAAGGCUCAGCCUGUGAAGAAGGCGUUCCCUAAUAUCCGCAUCGUACUUGGUGACCUGGACAAUUCCAAGGUAUUGGAAGAAGAAUCCGCAAAGGCGGAUGUGGUCAUACAUGCAUCAGACCACGAAGGCGCAGCAAAGGCCAUUGCGAAAGGUCUUGCAUCGGGCCAUUCUAAGGAGAAGCCUGGAUUCUAUCUGCAUACCGGCGGGGCUGGUAUCCUCUGUUGGGAGACCAUGCGUGACGACAACAAGCUCGGCGAAUGGUCAGAGCGAGAGUACAACGACUGGACUGCAGUACAAGAUCUCACCGACUUACCAAAAGAUGCAUUCCACAAGAACGUUGACGAUCUUGUUCUUUCCUCGGGAUCCGAGGCGGCUUAUGAAUUGGCUCAUUUGGUCCUCACGGGCAAAUAUGUGCCUAUCAUCGGCCAGGGCAAAGCUCGCUGGAACAAUGUUCACGUAGCAGAUCUUGCGCAACUCUUUGUCUUGUUGACUGAAGCCGCGGUAAAUAACAACACUGACUCUGAGCUCUGGAAUGAGAAGGGUUACUAUCUCGUGGAGAACGGUGAGCAUCUCUGGGCAGACUUGGCUCGCUUGAUGGGCAAGAGGGCACACGAGCUGGGCCUUGUCGAUAAGAAGCUUGAGGAGAACAGUCUGGCGGGCUUCGAGGCUGUAAGCUGGGGCUUCAACAGUCGCGGCAAGGCCGUGAGGGCGAAGAAGGUGGUCGGCUGGGAGCCUAAGGCACCAAGCAUCGAAGACACUGUCGAUGAGAUCCUGAAGGAUGAGAAGAGCAGGUUGGACAAGAAUUAG